UAGAAUUUAGAAUAAAUUCAGUUGAUAGAGGUAAGGCUAAGUCGCUAUUAGACAAAGUUCUUUCACUUUUAGAUAAAAAAGUACGUGGAAGUUUAAAAAUGACUAAAAACUUUGAAAGUAAGGAUUUGAUAGAAUAUCUAGAUAUGGCCAAUAAAAUCAAUAAUGCUAGAGUAAUCACGGGAACAGAAAAAUAUCCUGGGGAGAUGAUCGGGAUGAUUAAUGAGAAUGUGAAUAUUCCUGAUAAUUUAUAUAAAUAUUUGACAGAAUAUUAUUCUAUACUAAAUGAUGAACUAUAUGGUGAUCCACAUG